AAAGGACAUCAUGCAUUUCAAACACCAUUCAUCUCUUUUUCCAUCAUUGGUCAUGGCUUUUCUCUUGCCAUUGAUGCUUCAAGCCUUCCAAGGCGACUCGAUGGAGAUUGUAUCCUCAGGAUUACAUACAGGAAGCGUUCAUCAGGGAUGUUACCAACACGUAGAGCAAAGAAAAGCUGACUGCAGGUACAGAGGUCUUGAUUCGGUUCCUCAAAAUCUUGCAGAAGACACUAAGAAACUUGAUCUGUCUGUAAACAUGAUCACUGUCCUCCAGAAUUUCUCGUUUGAGAGAUACCCCCUGAUCACCGACUUGAAUCUUACAGCUAACGACAUCAGAGUGAUAGAACCCACCGCUUUCCACCCUCUCAAGAAGUUGGUGAAAUUGUUAAUAAAUUACAAUUUCAAUCUUGUGCUCCCAGUUACAGGCUUAUUCAGAUGGGCCAGUAAGCUGACCUACCUGUACCUGACACGAUCAAACUUGAAAUCCCUUCCCAACGACAUCCUAAAAUGGAAUCAACACAUAGACGACCUGGAUUUAAGUUACAACCUCCUCAAUUUCAUUAAUAUCAGCACUUGUGGCUCAGUAGAAAAUGCUUUCUUUAAUGCUAAUCAAAUUGAACAGCUCACAAAGGAAACUUUCACCUAUGCAUGUCAAACUGAUAGUCUGCACCUUAGUGGAAACCCCAUCAAGUUGAUUGAUCCCAUUGCAAUUGCUGAACUACAUACCCGCUCACUGUUUCUCGGACGUUCCAGACGCCACUCUUGGACACCCGAGAUGCUAAGAAACCUAACAAUCGGAAUCUCUCGUUCGCAGAUCAAGUGGCUUAUAGUCAGUGCUGUUAAUUUAAGUCUUUUCCCGCAAGAUGUCUUUACUCCAUUGCGAGAUUAUUCCUUCACUCGUCUUGGUUUCUCCUACAAUAAAGUGAAUGUACUCUAUCCAUUCGUCUUUUCGAAUCUGACGCUGCUCGAUCAACUCGAUCUCAGUUUUAACAAAAUAGCUACGAUCGAACCGAACUUUUUUGACGGCAUGCAGGCGUUGAAAGUGCUGAAAAUAGACUAUAAUGUGGUAAGGAGUAUAAAUACUUGUAAUCAUACUUGGACAAUCAACCUCAUUGAGUUGUAUUUAUCAGGGAAUUCAUUGACAGAAAUUUCGAAAUUUGCAUUCCUUGGUUUGCAAAAUGUAACCCUUUUAGACUUAAGCUCUAACAAACAACUUGCUGCUAUUUAUUUGUCAUCCUUUACAGGACUAAAUAACAUUCACACCAUUGAUUUUUCAGGAUGCAGAAUCAUGUAUUUGCAGUUGUACACUCCGAUUUUAAAGUCGCUGCGUAUGGAAGGAAACAAAGUCUAUAUUUUUGAAAAUCCUUUAAACCCUGGGAUAUCCUUUAAAAACUCGAUGAAUCUUGUUCAUUUGGACAUACAAGAAACACGAGUUUCGCCCAUUAAUCUGUGGGAUUCAGCCACACAUGUUUCUCUUUUCGAAGGACUGUUCAACCUUACUAUAUUGGAUAUGAGUAAGAAUCCGCGCAUUGGCAAAUACAGCCUGCCACCUGGGACCUUCCAUCACCUUUCUGCUCUACAGGAGCUCAGUUUAGAUGACUGUGCUAUUUCCAACCUUCACCCUCUUGUGUUUACAAGUUUAGAAUCACUUCAGAAGCUGAACCUAUCAGGUAAUAAACUUAACCAGAUUCCUACUGGUUUACUCACAGGAUUAGGGCAAAUACGAAGUAUUAAACUUGAUGGAAACAUUCUAGCAUACCUUGAUGAUGGAACGUUCUUGAAUAAAUCAAGGCUUACAAGCCUUUCAUUGGCAAACAACAGGCUAACGGGUCUAAACGAGAGCACAUUUAGACCAAUAUAUUCUUCUCUUUCACUGGUAGAUCUUUCCAAGAACCCACUUGUUUGUACAUGUGAUCUCGAGUGGCUUCUAGAUUGGCUGAAUCAAAAUGGAACAGUAGGCCUCGUCAAUGAGAAUCAGACUCUCUGUGCAGCAAUCUCAUUGGCUCCUCUCCGUGAGAAACCUUUACUUAAUUUUAAUCCCACUGAACUCUGUCGGUUCAACUAUGCCAUCUUCAGUUUAAUUCCGAUUGUCAUCGUCUUCUUGGUUGUCUUCCUCCUGCUCGUCUAUCACAAGCGAUGGAAGCUGAGGUACAAACUCUUCCUCCUAAAACUGGCGGUCAUUGGGUUUAGGGAGAGGCUAGACGCGCGCAACCAUAACGACUAUGAGUUCGACGUAAAUAUCAUCUCCUAUGACGAUGAUGAAGAAUGGAUACGCGAAAAUCUGAAACCAACUCUGGAAGACCAGCUACCACAGUUUCAAAGGAACGUCUUUGGUGACGCAGACCUCAUACCGGGUAUGUACUACUUGGAUGCCGUUGACUACGUCGUGAGCCGGAGUUACAAGACCAUCAUUCUACUCAGCAGAGCCGCUGUACGUGAUCGCUGGUUCAUGCUCAAGUUUCGUACGGCCAUGGAUCACGUGAGUGAUACCCAGACCGAAUUUGUAGUCGUUGUCUUCCUCGAAGACAUCCCAGAUGAUGAGAUACCUUUCUUGGCGAGGUUGUUCCUCAGUGACGGCAGACCUUACCUCCACUGGACAGAGGAUGUGAGAGGUCAAGAAUAUUUCUGGAAGGCAUUAGCAAAGAAUCUGACCAUCAACCUAAGGACCAACGAUCUGAUCCCAAAUGAAUAGAACCAGUAUGGCAACACUUGUCGAAAUAAAUACAAUAUUAAAAAAAAUGAUGAUAAGAGUUGUGUAGCUUAAAUCCCGGUUCGAUUCCCAGUAUACAUAUUUUUUCAACCUUUGCAAAUAUUUCAAAAUAGAGGACAGCAAUGGGGUGCUAAAGCUACUCAACCAUUAUCCCCUCAUUCUCUUUUGCGAUAUGUAUAUACAAUGUAUAUUCCAAUUCAAUUUAUUUCCUCAAGGUUUUUGGGGGAAAGUCCAUCCUUUUAACCCUAAAUAACCAAAAUAUCUAUAAUAUCAAAACAAAUUCAGUAAGGACCGACAUUUGUUCUUAUUCCUUGCGGGAUUCCUUGCCCUCAGAAAGGGUUGGUUUCUUUGGGGUUUUGGGAAGUUCACAGUAUCACGAUACAAAUAAUUCAGAAUCUGGUGUCUUUAAUCAAAGUUUCAUUAGUACUUUGUUCCUUUAUUUUAAUUUUAAUACCAUAGAUUCUCAACGACCUUCUUUUUAUUUCUUUCUAAAAGCCAUAAUAAUAAGGCCUAAAAUAAAAACUUGUUGUAUUGCCCUUUGCGACCGACCCAAAAACCUUAAAAAACUACGAU